AUGACCGAAGUAAAUGUUUCCUUGGGGUCGCUUCAGGCAUUUGCGCCGUCCGAAUCGCAAUCUUUGAAGGAGCAAGAGGAUGCCACCAUGUGCUUCGAUGAGUCCCACGCAUACUUGUUCAAGUACAAGACAAAGGGAAGGAGGACGUUCCUACAGGAUCAAACAACCGCGGCCACACGGUUGCCGCGAAUUCUUCCAAAAGGUCUUCCGUAUGCCGCUAACUUUGUUUCUUUUGAUGAACUUGUGCAGCGUGGUAUUCUGCAGUGCUCCAGCCAGGACGAGGUGGAUUUCUCCGUCGAUGACCUCCGGCUGCUGUACGAAGCCAAGUGUCUGGAUCAAGAGUUACCUCCGUCGUGGGAGCGUGAGAUGCGCUUUAUGGAGCUGAUCAGUGCCAACUGUACAGGCAACUUCUUCUGCCUGAAGGAGAGUGGGUUCGGCCCGAUGUGUGCUGAGGCGGUGGCGCAUAUCUUGUCGUCAAAUAAAAAGUACAUCAUUCUUGACCUCAGCGGCAAUCGUUUGAGAGAUGAAGGGGCUUGCUCCAUUGCGAAACUCAUUAGUGUCAACAGGACCCUUGUUCACAUUGGUCUCCGUUCUAAUGACAUUGGACAUAUUGGUGGUGUGGCAUUAGCGAAGGCAUUGCUUGAAAACAACACAGUCGUUUCACUUGAUGUGGGUGCGCAUUCUGGUAUCAACGGGAAUCACAUUGCCAUGGAAGGAGCAGAGGCAAUUGGUACCAUGCUGCGCGCCAAUAAGGUGCUUUCCCAUCUGAACCUCAGCAGCAAUGGAUUAGGUGCCGCCGGUAUUUCCUUCAUCGCGCAGGGUCUCGAGGGGAACUGUAGUCUGACACAUUUGGACGUUUCCAUUAAUGGGUUGGGCUACGCGGGGUCAAAGGUCCUCUCCCCUGUGCUUGAGACUUCCUGUAUCACGCACCUCUCACUGCAGCGGAACAGCCUCACCGACAAGGGUGGGUUGGUGCUCUUCCGUGCGAUUUCCAAUGCCAUCAGCAACGGAGAGGACAGGAUCGAGUUUCUUAAUCUCGAAACCAACGACCUCGGGGAGAAGACCGCUGCUGAGAUGCAGAGGGUGCUAGCCGCAUCUUCUGCUAUGAAGCAACUGCGCAUCUCCUCCAACAACUUUGGUGCCUCAUCCAAGUAUAUUAUGGAUGGUGUAGCGGAGAGCAAAAGUCUGCGCUCGCUACACAUGGCGUUCUGCGAGAUCCGCGAGACGGAUGGAGCACCAUUUGGAAAUGCACUGACGGUCAACUCCACCCUACAGGUGCUAGACCUCUCGAACAAUAAGCUCAAGGACGCCGCUGCAAAAUGCAUCGCCGAGGCAAUGAAGACGAAUGAGGGGCUGGUGUCACUGAAUUUGUCCUGCAACAAGAUCGCCGAUGAGGGUGGAAAGGCAAUUGCGCUCUUUUUGAAGAGCAACCGUACCCUUCGGGAUCUCAACCUGCGUCGAAACUCCAUGUCUAAUGUAACGGGUGAGCUGCUGGACGAGCAGCUGCGUGGGAACUUUACAUUAGAAAAGAUGGAUGUGACUUUCAAUGAUUUCCGCUACAAGUGCCUCAUUGGCAACCGCGCGACACUCACACGCAACGCGAAGAAGAACAAGACGCUCGUGGUGCCGAAGCUGCGGGCAGAGAUUGAUGGCCUGGCCUCCAAGGAGAAGGAGCUCUCUCAGGCAGAGGAUGAGAUCGAAAUGGAGCGGCGCAUCAUCAAGGACCGAAGUGAACAGCUGCUGCGGCGCAACGAGGAGGCACGCGUCGCGUUCGAGAAGACACGGCGGGAAAUAGUGGACCUGGAAAAGAAUCUUGUGGCUGUGUCUGGGCGCUCGGAGUCCGCACAGGAAGUCCUGAACCGCACCGAGGAGUAUGUGUGCAAUGAAAUGGCCAACCUGACUGCGCGAAAGUCAAACAUGGAGGCACGCGUCCAACAGGAGAAGGAUCGCGUGGACCGGAUGCAGCGCGAGAUGGAGCGCAUGCGCCGGCAGCUGAGGCAGCUGGAGGAGGCCGAGGCCACGAAGUACAAGCCACUAUUCAUGGAGUACAGCAUCGCCGAGGCAGACAGGGACCGUGAGGCGAAGGAGUGCAGGUACGAGGCCGACAAACUCGCCGCCCUCGAGCUGCAAAGGAAAGAGCUUGAGAAGAAGAUGGGCCUCUCGCUUCCCACGGCGGGCGGCGCCGCGGCUGCGUCGAGACAGAAGCAACAACAGCAGCAGAAAAAAAAGAGGUAG